AUGGGAGCCCCAUUCCCAACACAUCACCACGAAGUAUACGAAGUAUACGGCAAUGUUGGAGAUUUUGAGCCUUCACACAUCAUGACCACCAGAACAUUUGACGAGCGACACAUGCAGCCAUCCUCUUCAGAACCCUCUCAUUUGCCAAUGUACGCAAGCCAGCAACAGGCGGAAGUCCACCCAUUGCUCAAGCUGGAGGAUCUGGACGAGACCGCCUACGAGGACCUGCAUGCACACCACGAGGACGUCUUCCCUACAAGUACCCAACUACAGCUUUGCGAUCUCGAACUUGAACCGACCUGGGCACCUCGUCAGCUAUAUCCGCAGUUUGUUGACAGUACUGUCGUACACACCCACGAUUUCAGUGCGCUCCCUCUGCUACCAUACAGCUCGGAUUCAGUGUCGCUCACGACAUACCCAUACUUCGAAGAGCAGAGUGCGUGGCCUUCAUCACCGGAAUACGGCCAGUGCCGAUCAUUCACCGCAACGGAGGAAGACGAAGAGGCAGGUGAUGACAAGCCGUACGCCAGACUCAUCUACGAAGCUCUGAUGCAGGCGCCGGGUCAUAGGAUGAUGCUCCGAGAGAUCUACGAAUGGUUUCGCCACAAUACCACCAAGCCUCGAGAGUCUGGAUCAAAUGGUUGGCAGAAUAGCAUUCGGCACAAUCUCUCCAUGAAUAAGGUUAGCGAAACACAUUCUGAUGACCACGCGCACCGCCGACUAACUCUGACACAGGCAUUUGAAAACGACAGGGACAGCGCCAGGGGGAACUCAAGGAAAGCAACUAGCGUCUGGAUCCUGACCGCUGAAGCGAUCGAGAACGGAGUGCAAUCCACGACCAGGUAUCGCAAGACUGGAGCUGGCAAAAAGCCACUGGGGGGUCGCACACCAGCCAUUCAACGUCAAAGAGCGGGAGCGAAAGGGGGGCGAGCAGCGCGACAUGCAGCCAAAAGGAAGUAUCAAGAGCAAGGUGCUCUGACUGACUCGACGGCAACCCCAAGCCCAUCGACCGCCUCAUAUUCCGAUUGCACCGACUACCAAAGCUUUGACUUCCACGAUCCCCGAUCCACUGUGAGAAGUUGGCCAAUGACCCCUGUGGAGCCGAAUCUGGCAGCCGAAGAAGCGAAUUUGCUCCGAUGUCUGUCCCCACAAGGCACCUUGGGUUUCAGGGCACAGCACAUUGGCAACGGAGAAGAGAACAUGCACUUGCAGAAUGCUCUCUUGCAAUCGAUGCGGGAUCAACAGCUGGAAGAACUGGUCAGAUUCCAUGCGGACUGA